ACUAUUUUAUUUUCCGUCAGUCGAUUGUCAACAUUCAGUACGAUCAGACUCAUUAGGUUAAUUUUAGUUACAAAGAUAUUAGUUUUAUUUUCCAAAAAAGUACAAUAUACAAAAUUUUAUCAACAAAAUGACAACUUUCAAGCAAGUUCCUCUCACAUGUGGUGGCCAUACUAGACCAGUCGUUCAUUUGGAUUUUAGUGACGUUACAAAAGACGGAUAUUACUCGAUUUCAGCCUGCAAAGAUGGCAAGCCUAUGUUGCGGCAAGGUGAAACAGGCGAUUGGAUCGGGACAUUUGAGGGGCAUAAGGGGGCUGUGUGGGGAGUAGCAUUAACACAGAAUGCUAACUUAGCCGCCAGCGGUGCUGCUGAUUUUUCAGCCAAGCUUUGGGAUGCGCAAUACGGUGAAGUGCUUCACACAUUUGAUCACGAGCACAUAGUGAAGAGCGUCAACUUCAAUUCCGAUGACACCCUGCUGCUCACAGCUAGCAACGAAAAACUCAUACGAGUUUUUGAUCUCAAUAAACCCGAAGCUGGAGCCCUGGAGAAAAUACCCGCGCACACAAACAGCAUCAGGCAUGCGGUGUUUCUCCACAACUCUCGCAUCGUUAGCGUGAGCGACGACCUAACUAUGCGCGUUUGGGACCGCACUAGUGGGCAGGAGGUGCAUAAAAUUGAAUUUCCAACCAUUCCAAAUAGCUUAGAACUGUCCAGAGAUGGGACAAUUUUAACCGUAGCUCAUGGUACAAAUGUGUCAUUCUACUCAACGGACACGAUGCGCAAAAUACGCGACUGCCAGGUCCCUACCAAGUGUUUCUCGGCGUCGCUCGCGCCCAACAGGGCGACUUUUGUCUGCGGGGGCGAAGAUCUGAAAGUGUAUAAGUUUGACUAUAACACUGGCGCUGAAUUAGAGUCAAACAAAGGCCACUUCGGGCCAGUCCACUGCGUGCGAUGGUCGCCCGACGGAGAGCUGUAUGCCACGGGUUCCGAAGACGGGACCGUGCGCCUCUGGCAGGGGACUCCCGGUCGUGUGUACGGGCUAUGGCGGCGGAGCAACGAGCACCAACCCAUGGCCAACGGGUUCAAGGAGGUCGCCGCCAACUGACACGCGUCCCACUCGCGACAGGACACUGAUCAGAGCGGGUGCAAGCCAAAUUGAUCCGUUGCGAUUAACGUCUGCGGCCGUCGACACUGGACAUCACAUUGUGUAUUUGGACUUAUGAGGGGGUAGCCUGAAAAAUCAAGACUUAAGUAUUCAAAAACGUCAACUGUGUUUGUGUUAUUUUUUUUGCAACACUAGUUUUUUAUACUCAAAAACAAUGUAUUUAUUGUAAAAAAGGAACUUAAUAGACUUGAUAUGCAACAAAUAAAGUGAUUUGUAAAUAUUGAA